AUGUACGCUCCAGAUCAUCUUAGGAGGAAAGAAGUCAGAGAUGUUAUGUACCGCAGCAAUUCGAGCCUUGACUUGAUAUACACCGACCAUCAAUCAGGAAAUGGUUUACGACGCGAAUAUGGAAGCCAUGGUUCUAUUGACGUGAUUGGUGGCACUAGUGAAAGAUUACCAGCAAUGGUACAUAAUUACAGCGGUGUUUCAACGCCGGACAAGCCCCCCGGAUUGGGUCGUGCAGCUGACCGCUUGGCUGAAGUAUUGGCCAGCGAUCAUGCUGAUGGACCAACACCAAGGUCUAGUAUUAGCCCUAAGCCUCGUCUCAAGCUUAAUAAGCUAUGGGGCGGGGCAACACCUGUUCUACCACGUCAACCUCUAGACGACGGUGCAAUUAAUUCAUCUGUCACGGAGGAAGCCAAGAAAAAACAGUUUGCACAUUAUGACUGCCAGUCAUUGAUGGCAAAUUUAAGUUAUGCAGCUGAAAUUCGUGGGGCAUUAUUAAGCAGACGUCGCAACACAACUACUGGAGCAUCAGCAGCAUCACUACUAGCAACUCGUGGUUUGCCAGCUGGAGAAGAUUCAAUACCAGACACUGGUGACGGGCGGUCUAAUGAGCUGCUUGAAAGUUGUCCUUUUUUCAGAAAUGAAUUAGGUGGUGAAGAAGAGCGUUGUAUUUCUUUAUGCUCACGAACAGCCCGUGGUGCUAUACCAGGGCAAUAUGGAGGAUGGCACAGGCCCCGUGCAGCUUAUGGUUUUUCAGUCUUAGAGUUUCCUCCAGGACAAACACAUUGGCGACAAGGUUGUCCAUUCACAAGAUCUCUUGCUCCUUUGCCUGUGGAAAGCCAAGACCUUGGAGCACUAUAUUAUAGAAAUUAUUUUUACACCCAAUUGCUAGAAGACGCUUUACCCACUGCCAAACCCAGCAACAAUAGUGCUACAUAUAAUACCAAAGAUGUUUUGGAAUAUAUUGCUCCGGAAAUACAACUAAGCUGUUUAAGACUAGGCAUUACGAAUAGUGGCGCAGAAGAACAGUUGCUGCGUUUAGACGAACAAUGCGUUACCAGACAUUACAAAGUUGGAGUGAUGUACUGCAAAAGUGGACAGUCAACAGAAGAAGAGAUGUAUAACAACCAGGAGGCCGGUCCGGCAUUUGUGGAGUUUCUCCAAAUGUUAGGACAGACUGUUAGAUUAAAAGACUUUGACAAAUACAAAGCAGGGCUAGACAAUCGGACUGAUUCCACAGGACUUUACUCUGUAUACACAACAUACCAAGGCUGUGAAAUAAUGUUUCAUGUGUCCACAAUGCUUCCCUAUACGCCAAACAACAGGCAGCAACUGUUGAGGAAACGGCAUAUUGGCAAUGACAUUGUCACAAUAGUCUUCCAGGAGCCUGGGGCUGCACCAUUCACGCCUAGAAAUAUUCGAUCUCAGUUCCAACAUGUUUUUGUAGUUGUAAGGGUUAUUGAUCCGUGUACGGAAAAUACACAUUAUAGCAUAGCUGUGAGUCGUGCUAAAGAAGUGCCUUUAUUUGGACCUCCAAUAAAAGAUGGCGCCGUAUAUCCGAAAGGCGAUUCUUUUACUGAUUUGCUACUUAGUAAGAUAAUAAAUGGUGAGAAUGCAGCUAUUCAAUCGCCGAAGUUUAGUACUAUGGCAACGCGCACACGUCAAGAGUACCUGAAAGAUUUAGCCAAGAACUAUGUUACGGCGACUACUGUUGAAAGUGGCCAGAAAUUCUCAAUCUUCUCAUCAUUACUGAUGAAAAGUGGGAACAACUCUAAUAGCAACUCACUUAUUCCUCGUCUCGACAACUGCGCAAACGACGUUCUAGUUGGAGGUGCCUUGUGCUUCCAUGUUCAAGUUCAGGAUGAAGGGGCUGGUGGUUCUUUACUCGACUGCAUCAUGGGGGUGUCUGCCGACAGUAUAGUACUCAUAGAGGAUAGUUCUCGGCAGAUUGUUUUAGUCUUACCUACCAAUACAUUGCUUGGUUGGGUCGUGAGCGGCGGCUGGAGCCGCGUGUACUACCACCGGGGCGAGAGCGUGCGCGUGAGGGGCGCUCCGGACGCCCUCUUGCGGCGGCUCGCGAGCGUCGCCCCCCCGCACGCGCACGCGCUCAACGAGAUCACGCUGGAGCGGGGCCAGGCGGCGCAGCUGGGUUUCCACGUGCAGCCGGACGGGCUCGUGACGGCGGUGGAGGGAGGGGGGUGUGCGGCGCGCGCAGGGGUGAGGAGGGGGGCUCGCCUGUUGGAGGUGUGCCGCGCCGCAGUCGUCGCGCUUCACCACGACCAGCUCGUCGACCUCCUCAAGACCUCCGACCCUGUCACCGUGACGGUGACGUUCGCGACGAGCGCGCGCUGCGGCUGCGAGGCGGCGGGCGAGGAGUGGGCGGCGGCGACGGCGCGCGCCGACGCGCAGCAGCCGGGCCGCGCGCGCCGCCACGACCGCCACUCGCCGCCGCGCUCCGACAGCUCCGGAUACGGCACCGGCGGGUCGGGGCGCAGCGUGCGCCGCUCCCCGCAGACGUCGCCGGUGUCGGAGAGCGCGCGCCGCUCUGAGCCGCGGCACGCGCGCCGCCCCCGCUCCUCGCCCGCCGCCGCCGUCGUGCCCGCCGCCAGCGCUACGGCCGCGCCGCAGACUAAUUCUCUCACGGAGGAAUUGAUGCGUUUGAUGGACGCGGAGUUGGGCGAGAGUGGGUCCCGCGGCCCGCCGCUGCCCCUCCCCGAUGCGACGGCCCUGGACUGGGCCGCGUUAGUUCACACUGCUACGAGGGCAAUGCUCCAGAUUUGUGAAGAACAUAACUAUCCAUCAAUGGAUAAUAUGGAGCCCUUGGAGAAUGCUACUAACGAACCUAUACAAGAUUCAUGGCACGAGACACCUGUAUCCGAAACGUCGUUGUCCACCGUGACGUCGAUGAGCCCCAGCGGCGCGUCCAGUGCCGGGAGCGUGGUCACAAGCGGGGCGACGAGCGGAGCGGCUGGAGGAGCGAUUAGCGGGAACAACUGCGCGGUUGGAAACGGGACGGCUUGCGGCUGCGGACUCGCCGCCCGCGUUGCCGCUUUGGAAGCGGAAUCGGCGAGCGCCCAGCGGCAGAACAACCAGCUGGAGGAAGAGGUACGACGUUUGAGACGUCACAACGCCCGCUUACGGGAGGAAUCUGCAAGAGCCGUUUGGCAACUACGUCAUUUCACCCAGUGGCUUAAGAGAACCGUCGACAGACAG